AAAAGGAAGCGUCACCGCAGGAGUCAAACACGGAUAACUCUGAAAAAAGAGCGACGAGAGCAACGAAACCCAAAAGUCGCUGUCUGGUCAAGAGUGGCACAACGAGUAUAGCCGAACGCGUUUUUGAAUUUCAGACGGGCUUUGUCUUCCAGCGUUCGUCGUCCUCGCAAGUAGCAAAAUAAACUGUGUCGAGUACCCAGGACGACAUAACGCAAACAUCCCGAUCAUGCCCAUGAAACAUACUACAGAAGACCUGGCAGCCGCAAGGGCCACCAGCACAUUUGAUGUAUCUAAAAUGACGGACAUCGUUCAUGGACCCCGCAGAGCCAAAACGUUGCGCUUUCUAACAGACCUUGCCAAGAAUGAUCACAUAUUGCGCAAGGACGAUCGGCCAUAUCUUGGUAGAACGGAGCGAUUUUAUCGAUCUAUGCAAAUUCAGAAGCGAUACAUUGAACUUCGCAAUCAAUAUGGCUUUGAUGUUGAGGAACUCAUGUAUUUUCGGUGGAUUUAUGACGAAUACGCCUUUACGGAUCUCCACGAGCUCAUGUUUCUUCCGACGCUGCGCGCCCAGGCAUCCGCCGAGCAAUUAGCAAAAUGGAUGCCGGAAGCCGAAAACUUCAAAUGGAUCGGGUGCUAUGCCCAAACGGAAUUGGGACAUGGGAGCAAUGUGAAAGAAUUGGAAACUCGGGCCGUGCUAGAUUUGCAGACUGAUGAGUGGGUUUUGGACACGCCAACCAUUACGUCUUCGAAAUUCUGGAUAGGGGCUUUAGGACGAAUGGCUACGCAUGCAAUCCUCAUGGCUCAACUGGUCAUCAAGGGACAAUCGUUUGGUAUCCACCCCUUUCUUCUCCCUCUUCGUUCUCUGAAGGAUCAUACAGUUCUCCCGGGAAUUACCAUUAUGGAUAUUGGUCCAAAAAUUGGUGCAAACUCACAGGACAAUGGUUUCAUGCAACUUAAAGGCGUUCGCAUUCCAAGAGAAAAUAUGCUUAUGCGGUAUUCGAGGGUCACUCGUGAGGGUGCCUACAUCAAGCCGCCGCAUGAUCGUCUCUCUUAUGGCACUAUGACCUACGUGCGUGUUACACUGGUAGAUCAAUCCUUCUUUUACCUGUCAAGGGCUGUGACGAUCGCUACCCGGUACACAGCCGUCCGUCGCCAGAACCGCGAUCAGAGUAUCAGUGGCAUGGAUGGAGGAGAGGUUACUGUCAUGGAUUAUGGAAUGGUCCAGCAUCGUCUCUUCCCUCUCAUUGUUUUAUCCUACGCUUUUGCAUUCACAAGAGACAGAAUGACUGCCAUGUACCAUCAAAUGAUUAAGCAAAUUAAUGACGGAGACAUGAGUAUGCUUGCCCAAGUCCAUGCAGAAUCAUCCGGACUGAAAAGUUAUUGCACACUUGUGGCUGCGGAAGGAAUCGAAGAGGCCCGUCGAGUAUGCGGAGGGCAUGGGUACUCCCAGGCAUCUGGAAUUCCCGGCUUCUACGGCACUUUCCUUGCCAGCAACACUUACGAGGGCGAGAACUACCUAUUAACGCAGCAAACAACAAAAUAUCUUAUCCGACAGCUUCGAUCCUUCCAAUCCAAAAAGACUGGUGAUCUCUCCCCGGAUACUGCAUACCUCCAGCGAGCCACUUCCGCCGACUUUGGAAGUGAGAAAAUUCAGAGCACAAAGAAAGCAGACCUUGCAUCUCGUUCCGUCCAAGCCCACGCUCUCGAGCACCGCGCAGCACGUCUCGUCUUGGAGGUAGCCGACAUGGAUGCGGUAUCUGGGCGACGAUGGACCGAUUUGAAUGUGGCCAUGGCCCGUGCCGCUAGGGCACACUCUCAACUGUUCGUGUGGCGAGCAUUGGCUGAAAAGGUGGACAGUGUGAAAAGGAGCGGUCCGGAGGAACUCGUGAGCAUUUUAUCCGAAAUGCGAGACAUCUACUUUUUGUGGAUUUUGACCGGAGCAGAUGCUGGUGAUUUCCUUGAGGACGGAUAUGCGCAAGGUGCUCAAGCGAGAGAUCUCUUGGCGGAAAAAUUGAAGAAUAUGCGCAAAAAUGCGGUUGCUCUUGUCGACGCUUUCGACUGGGAUGACUAUGUACUCGACUCUGCAUUGGGUAGGUAUGACGGAAAAGUCUACGAGGCUCUCAUUGAGUUCGCCAAGAAGGAGCCGCUCAAUAAGCAGCCAGUGGUGUUUGGCUAUCAGGAAAUUGUACGACCGCUGCUUGAUGGACAAUGUGGAACAUACAAACCAAAAUCCCGACUGUAGAUAGAAGGUUAGAUAGAACAGGGUAGCAUAUUAUCGUAGCAAGUACCGUCUAUUAUCCGACAUAUUCAAGAUCGCGGUUAUUUUUUAUCGUAACAUGUUCAUUCGCUGUGGCCCAUCGAA